AUGCCGGAAGAAAACGUAGAACAAGUGCUGAGGUUGUGUUUUUACUUUAUCGCUAACAAAGGCGGAAUCGCGACGAUGAAAUGGCUGCACAUAUGGCCAGGGCUCAAGGGUUUAGGUCAUACGCUGCUUACGCCGCGCACUCUGGCCCAACCCAAAGUGGAAAUCAUGGCAAUUGUACGACGUCUAAAAUCUUCGGCAGCGAUGGCCAUGGAUGGUACCUCGAACAGUCAAAGACCAUUGAACGCGGAUUCGAAAGUUCUUUGUUGGCUUAAGUCCACAAUUCACUAA